UAUAAAAAGAAAUAAUGUACAAAUGUUUUUUCCAGGUUUAUUCCCUAAAGCUAUUGAGUACAAAUCCUUCAAUCGAGUGACUAAUCCUUAUGAAUGUGAUAUUGGAGGUUUCACAUGUUUGGGGACUUCAGGUGAACCAAUAAAGGAUAUUAUGAGAUAUAGUAAGCUUGACAACACUCUGAAAGUGAUGAAGAAAACCCUAUUAUGGAGGAAUAUUGCACCAACUUGUCCAGAUACAAUACCAUGCACACCUUGCACGGAAACAGAUCCCUUUAUUAUUUACAACUGUCCAGCUAUUUACUUCUGUGGCAAUUGUUCUGAAUUUGCAACUGAUCUAUAUGAAGGAGAUAAUGGCCAGCGCACCAGGCUAGUGUGUGUACCAAACUUUUGUGAGUCAAUGACUGUUGCCCUGAUAAACUUGGCAAAUCUAGAAUGUUACAGCAUGAAGUUUUCAUAAUUGUUAGCUUGUAAAAUAAUUUGAAUAAAUGGAUUUAAGUUUUGAA